AUGUUAAUAUCAACAAUUCUUCAAAGAACUGUUUUGAAAUCAACAUCAUUACCAAUGAUGUUUGUACGAUCGUAUAGAACAAAAGAUAUGUUACGUCGACGAUGUCAAGAUUGUUAUGUUGUUUGGCGUUAUGGACGAAUGUAUAUUGAAUGUCCAAAAUUUCCACGUCAUAAAACAGUUUCUAAAUCUACAAAAGAAAAAGGUUGGGGAUGGUUAGAUUGGCGAUUGGCACCAAAACUUGAACGUAUUAAAUAG